AUGAGCGCAGAGACUUAUAGUCACCAUAGACGCUCUUCGCUUAGAUCAGCCCCAACAACUUCAGGCUCCCGCUCAAGAUCAAGAUCAAAACCAAGACGACCAAGUCUGGGCUCUAGAAGAAACUCUGCUAAAUCCUUCAUAUCCAUCAAGAAUGAGUUGGAACCAUUCACUCCUUCACCAACUUCCUCAUCUCAACAGAAUGACCAAGGCGGCCUAGGCCAGCUACCUUCAUCUAACUCCUCAUCAAAUAUCCAAUUCACUGAAACUGAUAUCCCUUUCAUUAAUGCCACUUUAGAUCAUACUUUACCAAUAGGAUAUUUUAAACAGGAUUUAUUAAGUGUUAUUCAGAACUUGAGAAUCUCCAAAUGGCAUAGAUUACCUUCUCAUGUUUACUCAGAUAUAAAGAUCCAUAAGAUGUCUGGUGCUUUAACUAAUGCUAUUUAUAAAGUUGAUCCUCCAUCUGUUGUUGUUUUGAAGAACUUAAAUUUACACACUUAUCAUUUCCCAACUUUAUUGUUAAGAAUAUAUGGGCCAAAUGUCGAAUCAUUAAUUGAUAGAGACUAUGAAUUGAAGAUCUUGGUUAGAUUAUCUAAACAAAACAUUGGUCCUAGAUUAUUUGGCUGUUUUACUAAUGGUCGUGUUGAACAGUUCUUAGAUAAUGCUACUACUUUAACAAGAAAAGAUAUUCAUGAUAAAAAAACAAGUGCAAGAAUAGCUAGAAGAAUGAAAGAAUUGCACCAGGGUAUCAAACUAUCAAAAUUUGAAAAGGCAGAAGGACCAAGCGUUUGGAAAAUCAUUGAUAAAUGGUUAAAGCAUGUUGAUGAAUUGAUCGAAUCCAAGACAAUUGUAAUUGACGAUAAAGAGUUAUUCAAAACUGACUUCGCAACUUUUAAGAAAUAUACCAAAGCUUAUAGAGAUUGGUUAUACAAAAGAUAUGAAUCUCCAGAAGCUCUCAAUAAUGCUUUAGUAUUUUGUCAUAAUGAUACUCAAUAUGGUAAUUUAUUAUUCACAUCUCCAGUUGUUCCACCGCCAGAUAAAACAAACAACAACACUACUGCAAACAAUUCAACAACUUCAUUAACCACCAAUUUCUCAAAUCUUUCACUAGAGAACCUAAAUGAAAUCAAACCUUCAAUACAAGAAAAGAAACAAGAUAGAAAUUUAGUUGUUAUUGAUUUUGAAUAUUCAGGUCCAAAUGUUCCCUCAUAUGACAUUGCCAACCAUUUUUGUGAAUGGAUGCAUAAUUAUAACCAUGAAACCGACACCUGGAAGAUUUUUGAAGAAGAUUAUCCAAAAUUAGAUGAACAAUUGAAUUUAAUCUAUUCAUACAUCUUAUUUUAUAAUGAUAUUCAAGAUGUCACUAAAUUAGAAAAGCAAGCUAAAGAGUUAUUCAACGAUUGUAUUGCAUGGAGAGGUGCUGUUAAUAUAUUUUGGGGACUAUGGGCCAUUAUUCAAAAUGGUGAUAAUAAUGCAACAAAAGAUCAUGAAAUUGUGGAGAUGGGUCCAAAUGGUGAAAUGUACAAAAUUGUCUUUGACCCUGAAGAUGAAGAAAGUGAAGUUACUGUUGUCGAUAGUGAUGAAGAUGAAAGUAGUGGGAAUGCAGGUGCUAGUAGUGCCGAUGUUGAUAAUUUUGAAUAUUUGAAGUAUUCAAAAGAUAAACUUUUAUGCUUCUGGGGUGAUUUGAUACAAUUUGGAUUAGUUGAUAAAGAUGCUUUGAAUAAGCCAGAUGAAGUUAAAUUAUUACCUGCAAAGUUUUAUGACAUUUAA